AUGGAAAACCGGACUUUAGGUGAGGAUAUCAUACACCUAGAAGGGUUGAAAGUCUCCUCCCAGUUCUCCAUUCCAACCUUCAUCCUCCUCCUCCUCAUCUAUACCUUCGCUGUGGUGUCAAACAUCAGUUUGGUAUCACUGAUCUUUACAAGCAGGAGCCUCCAUCAGCCCAUGUACCUGCUCUUCUGCAACAUGAGUAUUAAUGACAUUUUUGGGGCCACAAUUGUCACACCGCACAUACUGAGAGACAUUUUCAUACCACAGCCAGAGCGUUACAUCCGUUAUAUUGACUGUGCCUUUCAGGCCUUCUGUGUUCACCUCUAUGCAGGCGCCACUCACACUGUGCUCAUGAUCAUGGCCUUUGACCGCUACAUGGCCAUCUGCAAUCCCCUGCGAUACGCCACCAUCAUGACCAACAAAAUGGUGGUGAAGCUGUCAAUGGGGGCCUGGACGACAGCCUUAGUCCUAGUAGCGAUCCUCUUGGGCCUCACUAUUCGCCUGUCGCGCUGCAGGCGGGUUAUACUCAACCCGUUCUGUGACAACGCCUCCUUGUUCAAGCUGUCCUGUGAAAGCGUCCUCAUCAAUAACAUCUACGGCCUCGGAUACACAGUGGUCCUGCUGGGCUCCUCCAUCGGCAGCGUAACGCUCACCUACCUGAAGAUCGCCGCAGUGUGCGUGCUCAAUAAGAACAAGGCUCUGAACAACAAAGCGCUGCAGACCUGCUCCACACACCUGGCUGUGUACAUCUUCCUGCUGGCAUCGGCCUUCAUCAUCGUCAUCCUGCACCGUUUCCCUCAGAUGUCAGACAUCAGGAAAGUGGUUUCUGUCUUAUGUGAAGUGACUCUACCUGCAUUCAAUGCCAUUAUCUAUGGGCUGCAAAUUAAAGAGAUCAAGCAGCGGAUUAUCGCUGUGUUUUACAACAGGAAAGUAGUUCAAAUAAAAUAA